CACACACACACACACACAGUAAAACCACUGGGAGUAAUAUUAUUUGUCUGAUAGAUGUUGUCUGUUUGUUUCAUGAAUUAUAGAUUUCCCCAAAUUUGCUCCACAGUGAGCUCGUGCCCCGGUCCCGAGCUCACACACUGCUCGUAUGACAUCACCUUGACAGUCCACUUGCCUGCAGCUGGAACUCAAAGGGUAUUGAAUCGAUAAGUGGAGCUUUUUAAAAACGCCCGGCUUGUUUCCUCACGCUGAAUUCUGAAUCAGGUAACUCGUCCACACAGGCUGCGAGUGAACCUGAGGAAUAACCUGCGUGCAGUUGGGCAUCCUUCACAGACGGACUUAAACUGAUUUAAAGCUCCCCAUGAAAUGUGCUUUAAUGCUUUAAGUUAAGCUGUGGGACUCUAAUGAAAUUAAAACGACUCAAAUAAGCAGAAAUACAAUUACAAGCAGAAAUAAUUCACUUUGUGAAUGAAGGAGCACUCUCCGGCUGCUCGUUAUCUUUUAUCCUGUCCUUUUUUUUUUUUUUUUGCCAGGAGAUGGAAUUCGUCAAUGAAUGUGCAGAGGAGAUGUGAGAGAGAGAGGAAGUCUCGCCGCCAUUAACCUGAGACCACCCUCCCCUUACACCCCACCCACCGACCCAUCUCCCGGCUCGACCCCUCUCCACCUCCCCUCAUUCAUUCAGACCCGGCCCUGCAUGCGGAGAGGAAACUGCUGCCCCCUCGGGGAUUUGGCAUCAUAAUUAUAUAGGAAGCAGGGCAGCCUGCUGUCUGUUGGAGCUGGGGAGGCUGCAGCCCGGUCACACACGUCCGCUCAUGUGCAGAGAACGACUGGUCGUACCAUGGACGAGGUGCUGUCCUUCUGACAUUGUUGGGAAGAGUACGAAGAGCAAGCAGCCAUGUCGGAGAAGAAGCCACGAGCCUCAGACACUCGUCCCAAAUGUGGCCUCCGCAGCUGGAGCGCAGACAGUUAUAUCUGGCGGGCAAAGAAACGCUCCCGGAGCUCCCGGAGCAGUGGGAUGAGUCCCGGGGGGCUCGAGGCGGAGGGGACAGAGGAGCUGGGCGUGCGGUCGACUUCCUGUCCAAGGCGGCGGAGAGAGAGAAAGUGUAGCUGCAGCGCUCUUGGCGAUGCACUGACGUCUGCAGACAUUGACGUGGUGUGUCGGAAGGCCUUGAGCCGGCGCUCUCUGCGGCAGAAGUUCCAGGAUGCUGUGGGCCAGUGUUUUCCUCUGCGCUCUCACCAUCACCACCAUCAUCAUCAUCACCACCAUCCAGCAGGCUCCUCUCGACCCUUCUCUGUGCUCUUCUGGUCCAAACGCAAGAUCCACGUCUCGGAGCUCAUGCAGGACAAGUGUCCCUUCUCGCCAAAGUCUGAACUGGCCCGAUGCUGGCACCUUAUAAAAAAUCACGCCACCCACCCAGAUUCCCUCAAGGACAUGGAGGCUCCCCUGAAACCCAACGUCUCAUCAUCCUCUACCUCACCCCCACAGACGCCGCUCUCCUGGGAGGAAAUCUGCUGCUCCCCAGGGCCUGGAAGCACCAGUCUGGAGGACUGGGACCCUUCUUGUCCUAAUGGGGGAGCAGAGGGCAGCUGCAGCGGCACUGACUACAUCCUGGUCCCGGAUCUUCUCCAGAUCAACAACAGCCCCUGUUACUGGGGUGUGUUGAACCGCUUUGAGGCCGAGGAGCUCCUGGAGGGCCAACCGGAGGGAACCUUCCUGCUCCGAGACUCUGCCCAGGACGAGUUCCUCUUCUCUGUCAGCUUCCGUCGCUACAGCCGCUCCCUGCACGCACGCAUUGAGCAGAACGGCAAGCGUUUCAGUUUUGAUGUGCAUGACCCGUGCAUGUACCGGGAUCCCAGCGUGACCGGGCUGCUGAGACACUACAGUGACCCGGCCACCUGCCUCUUCUUCGAGCCGCUGCUUUCCCGGCCGCUGCUGAGGACGUUUCCUUUCACCCUCCAGCACAUGUGCAGGGCUGCGAUAUGCAGCAGCACCACAUACCAGGGCGUGAACAGCCUGCCACUGCCACCACAGCUCAGGGACUACCUCCGGCAGUACCACAUUAAAUGUGAGGGGGCCUGCGGAGAGAACACGCAUCAUCAUACCAUGGGAGGCAAAGACUGAACAAGACAAAGGGAAGUUCUUUUGGCCAAAAACCUAAAAUAUCGCCAUUAAAUUCCAACAAGCUUUGCCGUUGCUAACCUUUUAGGUCUAAAUGGUGCAGAGCUGGUGCUUUAAAGACGUUUCUACUGCAUCAAGACAUAGAACAACUCAUUGGCCUUCUGUCUGUCAUAUGCCCGAGAUGCUUUGAACCUCCUAUUUAGGUUUUCCUCUCACGGCCAUAUUGACUCUAACUGGAGCCAAGGUCAUGAGACACCUGUUAUGAAUCUGCCUUAAUGCCCUAAGUGGAGUAGAAACGCCAAGACAUUAAACUUUAAUCGUCACUUUCAGUGGAAUAUUGACUCUAUUGGAGUUGGAGCACUUUCCCUUUGACGUCAACUCAUGGCUAAUGGCCACUAGAGGAACUGCACCUUUCCCGGCCCCUGGCUGAGGCCGACUGAACCUUCACGUGAUGCUUUGCUGUGGCACCGUCCUGAACCACGACCACUGCUGCCGAGGGUUAGAGGAACAGAGACUCCAGCUGCAUCUAGUAAUAUGCAAUAUAUCAUAAAUUCAUGUGUUGUAGUCUAUCGUAUACACUCAUCCAUUCAAUAUCAUCACCCACUAAUCCUUAACAUAUCCGUCUCCCAUGUGGAACCCAGCUGACUGGCUGCCUUCUGCUCUGCGGCCACUUGAUGGCAGCAUAAGUGCACCGAUGAGAGGUUUGGUCACUUAGUCUUUUUCACUUCACAGCUUUGUCGUUCAGUCACGGCUGAUAAUUCCUCUGUAAGCUGCCAUUUAAACAUCAGUUGUGCUGCUACAGUAUUAUCAUUGGAAAACUGUGGAUUAGAGAACAGUUCACUAUAAGCACUAUAUCCUAAAACCACCUGAAUCACUGUGAUUUCCUCUCGUCUCCAAGCAUAUAUUGUAUUCAACCCCGCUGAUGCAAAAACCAAUAAAUGUCAUUUACACUGCC